CAGUCGCGCUGACCAGAGAGGUCAAGUGGAUUAACCCUUCUGCCACCACACUGCAGCCAGCCUGGAUCCUUCCCACUGUAAGCAGCCAGGACCCCCUCCCAGGAGCCUCGGGGUCCUCCUCUCCCGCGUGGCUGUUCGGCGUGGAAUCGCCUCUGAUCAUUUCUACCAGGAGUUGGAGCCAGACCUGAGGCUGGAGGUGGCUGCUGGGCAGUAAGUGGUUUUGGGGGAGGGGGAGGAGAGAGGAUGAGUUCUCCCGGCACGGAGAGCUCCGGCAAGAGCUUGCAGUACCGGGUGGACCAUCUCCUGAGCGCGGUGGAAAACGAGCUGCAGGCUGGCAGCGAGAAGGGGGACCCCACUGAGCGGGAGCUACGAGUCACUCUGGAGGAGAAUGAGCUGUGGCUGCGCUUCAAGGAGCUCACCAACGAGAUGAUCGUGACCAAGAACGGCAGGCGGAUGUUCCCCGUGCUGAAGGUGAGCGUGUCCGGCCUGGACCCCAACGCCAUGUACUCCUUCCUGCUGGACUUCGUGGCCGCCGACAACCACCGCUGGAAGUACGUGAACGGGGAGUGGGUCCCCGGGGGCAAACCCGAGCCGCAGGCCCCGAGCUGCGUCUACAUCCACCCGGACUCGCCCAACUUCGGAGCGCACUGGAUGAAGGCGCCGGUUUCCUUCAGCAAAGUCAAACUCACCAACAAGCUCAAUGGAGGGGGGCAGAUCAUGUUGAACUCCUUGCACAAGUAUGAGCCUAGGAUUCAUAUAGUGAGAGUUGGUGGCCCUCAGCGUAUGAUAACCAGCCAUUCCUUCCCAGAGACCCAGUUUAUAGCUGUGACAGCUUAUCAGAAUGAGGAGAUCACAGCUUUAAAAAUUAAAUACAAUCCGUUUGCAAAGGCUUUCCUUGAUGCAAAAGAAAGAAGUGAUCACAAAGAUAUGAUGGAUGAAGUUGGAGACAAUCAACAGUCUGGGUAUUCACAGUUAGGUGGCUGGCUUAUUCCUGGAACUGGGAGUCUGUGCCCCCCCUCCAAUCCUCAUGCUCAAUUUGGAGCACCUCUAUCACUGUCCUCUGCUCACAGCUGUGAAAGAUUCUCAUCGCUGAGGAAUCACCGUUCUGCCCCUUACCCCAAUCCAUAUGCCCAUAGAAACAACUCUCCAACAGCCUAUGCUGAUAAUUCCUCGGCCUGUCUUUCCAUGCUCCAAUCCCAUGACAACUGGUCCAGUCUAGGAGUUCCCACACACACUAGUAUGCUGCCCAUGAGUCACAGCACUGGCACAUCUACCAGCUCCAGUCAGUAUCCCAACUUGUGGUCUGUGAAUAACAGCACCAUCACACCCGUGUCUCAGUCAGGUGGGAUGGCCAAUGGACUGAGCUCCCAGUUUUUGCGAGGCUCUACAGCACACUACCCACCCCUUCCUCACUCUGUCACUGCCUCCUCCUCGGGAUCUCCACUGUAUGACGCUGGCACACCAACAGACAUUUCUGACAGUCAGUAUGAUACCUCUGCACAUAAUAGGCUGGCAUCCACAUGGACUCCUGUCACACCACCUUCCAUGUAAAGCAAGCCCUUUCUUUAAGAUAAAGACGUUCUAGCUAUUUAGUUACUCUUAAUACUGAAUCCACAAUGAAGUCUUGAGGAGGGGAAAAAGAGACAUGAAGUAAAUUAUAAACAAAAAGACUGCACUGCUUUUGUGUAAAGUAAUUGAAUUAUACUUCUUACAGUAUAACAGUGUAUCAUUAGCAGCAUAUAGACCUUAUGAGUGCAAUUCUCGUCUAGCAGAUCCACUGCUCUUCCUUUUUAAAAUAAAGAUUUUUAAUCCUUUUCAAUUUGGCAGAGAUGGGCCUGGAACACCAAAAUGUGACCCAUAUGCCACACUUCUCAGUGUUCUGGGAGUAUCUGGAUCUGGAGUUUUGUUUCAUGCCCAGCUUGACAGUUUUGUCAGUUUUUUUUUUAAAUAAGCUACUUCCUGUCAAUUGCCAGUUAACAUUUUGCUUAGCUGUAGUUGUGAGAGAAGUUUUAUUAAGUGCACAGUUUGAAUCAUUCUCAAAUCUACACAAAUUUAGCUAAUGAGUGAAAUUUGGAGAACUGUGUGCACUAAUGUAUAUUUGUCAUGAGAAUAUGCGAUAUUCUGGUAGUUAACAGUUUUAUGCACAGUUAUAUGCUUAUAUGAAUUAAAUGAUGAAGACAAUCAGCAAGAACUUUUUAAGGUGAGUUUCAUUGUUUGAUCAUAUAGCCAGUGAGCAGCUUUCAGGCUAACUAAACUCCUGCCUUUCAAACAGCUGUUAUCUAAUGGAGGGUGCCAUCCAAAGUCCUUGGAAACCAAUGGAAAGCCUUCCAUUGACAUUAAUGGUCUAUGGCCCAGGCCCUAAAUGAGAGAAGAAAGUCAAUACCUAACGGUUCUUUCUAAUUUAUUUUAGUUCAAUAUUGUACUCUGAUCAAUAUUUAUUAUUUGUUAAGAUGUGACUGUUUUGUACAUUUUAAGAUGUGUAUAUAAUCCGUCAAUAUGCUGUGUACCUUAAGACAAUCAUACAUAGGACAUGUCACCACAUGACAUAUGGAAAUAGUGUGGAUCCAAGUAGUUAAGUUAUUAUACAUGAGCAAAUACCAAAUGUCAGUAAUUUGGGAUGGGAGUAUAGAUAUAAGCCUUAAUGUACACCAACUGCUUGUCUUCAUUAGAAGAUUAGCUCAUGGUAAUGUUCUUGCUGUCCAUGCCUCAUAUCUUUGAGGGCUCUUAUUAACUACUGUACUAUGAGUUGACCUAAUCUUCUGCUGAAGACAAACCCCAAAUGCUGGGUCAAAAUGUGCCUUUGGAUGUGCAUGCUUCUCCCACUGAAUUCAAUGAACACACAGGUGAGGGUGGAAUCUGACCUUUAUGCAUAAAUCAUAACAAACCCCUUUUUGAUGAAGUGUAUAAGGUUGGAAAGUAGAGUUCUAAGUUAGAGGAUUCAUUUAAUAUUUCAUGUGCUAUAAUGGCAGCUUAAAGAUGAAAAAGCAAAUGCUUGCUGCACCUUUGGUUUCUCAGGCCCUGUUCCGGCAACUGAAUCCACAUGGGUGGGGAUCUGCGCCAGGCACAAAAAUCUGCCCAGGCAGGUCCAACAGCAGGAUCUGGGAGUUAGAUGUUAUUCCAAAUGAGCCAAUCACAACAAAGGGCAGCACCAGAGUCAGAUGGCUGUAAACCAUGUCCUCUCUCAAUACUGUAAAUAUGGAUCUAAGCUCUCCUAUUUUAUUGUGAAAGUGAAUCAUGUAAAUGAUGUAAGUGCAUUGUUCUUUAGACUCUUCUGUAGAAGUUA